CACAACACCCCACAGUAGUCAUUGCCACGCGAGCGCUGCACACCUUCAGCCGGCAUUUCGUUAUCGCUGGCGAUUAGAACCCGCAAAGACAGCUUGUGGAUCAGCACGAAACAAUCUGCAUGCCACAGAUCCUCUCCGCAAUCCUGACGAUGCCACGCUCGGGCGAUGACGAGGAGGAGUGGCGAUGCUUGGGAGAUGCACGAGAGGAUGAAACCGUCGGAGCCUCGAGAAGGAGAAGAAAUGAAACACGAACCCGAACGCGGGGUCCUCAAGGUGGCGCUAGCGCCAACAACAGCAGUGCUGCCAACGGUAGGAGUGGCCGCGCGGCGCGGUUCUCCGCAGCGCGUCUUCCGCGGAACGCGGCCCGAUCAAGCUCGAGGUCCUCCGCCGAGAGCAGUCAGAACAGCAGUUCGGGAGCGGUGACGACGAAGGAAGGGCAAGGCCGGUGCCAGAGCGGAGGAGGCGCUGCUGCUGGUGUCGUCGGCAGCUCCGCCGCCUCCAAGUCAUCGCGAAGCGAGAACGACGAUGGAACACCGGAGGCGGGUGAGAGGUGCAAGAAAAGGAAGAGCACGAGGAAAGUUCCGGGAAUUUUCGGGAUUCCCGUUGCCUGGAAUGUGGAGGACUGCGACUACGAUGACUCUGAGGAUGAAAGCUACACACAGCAGUCUGGAGGCUCCGGACCACCGACCGUUGGAGCCACUGCAUUUGCCGCCAAGUGUACAAAAACACGGGGUUCAACAUCGGUUUCCUCAGCGACACGUUCAAGGGUAGUGAGAGGGGGGCGGCGGCGAGGGACCGACUGGAUGGCAGAACUGUCUGCCGACGUGGUGCUCCACGGAAUCAUUCGGCCGUACCUGUGCUCCACUUCCAAGUGCGCGCUCCAGCGGACUUGCAAUCAGAUGCGCCGCCUUUUGGACUCGCCAGACGCUUGGGAGACCCUGGACUUGCGAGCGCAUAUUAUCGGCAGGCGCACCAUGAAGUCUGGUCGUCAGUCCAUUCUGAGCCGGCAGCCCCUCUUUUUUUUAGCACGCAGCGUUGUGCAGCAGCCGCGUUUCUCGCUGCUGAAGACGGUGGACAUGCAAGGCCUCAAUCUUGGAGCUAUGGGAUCAACGCCCGACCUGCUGGUGACGUUGUUCGAGAGCUGUCGCCACAUCACCACCCUCAACCUCUGGAAGACCUACGUCGAGGACGAGAGAUUGCCGCAGCCGCAAUUCUCGGUGGAGACCGUUAUCGCGCAGCACCUCCCAGGAGUGCGCCACUUGGCGCUGGAGGUGGAUGAUUCCAACCGGGGGCUGAAGGUGCUUCUCGAAGGCUGCACCAGACUGAAAAGCCUCCACAUUGGCAGCAGGAGCAACCGGGCGGGAGACAGCAUCAGCAUGUACCCAAACGAUCUCGGCAUGAAGGCUUUUACGACGGUGGGGGCCCCGUAUUUGGAGACCCUUACUCUUGUGGACAAGUUCAACAUCGGCGCUGCCGGGCUGCGUUGUUUGCUCGACCCGUCUGCGUGCCCCCGGCUACGCAAGCUUACCCUCGUGAGAACCGGCCGCGUCAACAACCACUGCCUCAAGGCCAUCGCGCCGGCUAUGGGUCGACUGACGUCUCUAACCCUGGACCAGUGCCUGGUAGACCCUUCCACGGUACAGUUCAUCCUCGACAAAUGCCCCGAGCUCACGAGCAUAGUGGUCUCCACCCAGCACGGACUUCUCCAGCAGCCACAGGGCGGCCGAGCCCUACUGGAAUAUCUCCUGGCUCAGGGUCCGUCAAAGCUAUCAAAGAUUGAGGUGCAACGGCUGUCAGCGAGAGGAUCGGUCUUGGGAAAUGUCCCUCAUUGGCUGGUGCAAGACCCGGGGCUCUGCGCGACUGUCUUGGGCUGGAAUAGUCCCCGCAUUGUGCUUGGUCCGGCCGAGACGGUAGAUGAACGUAUUGCGCCCUUCAUGGUAGGCCGGGAUCAAUGACCAGCCGAGCACCUGCUUGCUGUGAAGAGAUGGACGGUUUACGGCCUCGUCCCUGUAUAUACUAAAGCGCCAAGGUGAAUACGGCCCCGGCGGUUAAAGUUAUACCCAAGACUACGUAACGGGCGGCGGCAAAUCUGCUGUCCAGCUGUAGGGACAAGUGGUUGGGUGUGAACCGCGGCAGCCGUUGUUGUAGUUGUUGUUCCGCGGCCGUUCGUCGUUGGAGCAUGGAGGGAUGAUGAAUGUUGCAAUCAUGUCCAUUAAUGUGCUGAUGAGCUGGUGGGACGAAAGUGAUGUACAUGUGGACGUUGAUGGGGCGUAGAAUGGAGGAAGUGCCUGCAGUUCUGUCUGGCGGUCGCUCCGUAUCGCGAUGUUGCUACACUAUGUAUUUGUCAUGUCUCUGGGUGGGGAUAGGUAGUGAGUCUACCAAGUAGCAUUUUCCUUGAGGAGGUGGCCAUGCGAAUAAUAUCCUUUUGUUGUGCACAGAGUAACAAAGUACUAGUUGUAGCAUAGAAAAGGUCCUGUUGUAGACAGGUGCGUUCCUGUUGCGUCCAUGUGUAAGCAUAUGCACAUAUGUACGCACUGAAAAAUUCCGUGGCAGGCGACGAAAAGGGGUGCACGGCGACUCUUCAAACUUGGCAUCCCCCGGUCUAAGCUGUUACACAUGGUAGUCGACAGGUGCCUGCCCUGGUUUGUGUUAUACACUGCGCAGAUCGAGUUCGAGUGUUCCAUCACUCGUGUUGCGUUAUUAUUAGUUACAAUGGGCAUGAUGAUACGCCCAACUCUUCUUUUCGCGCACAUGAGACGCGGGGAGGGGGGGGCUGCAUGGAUGGCCAAGGUUGUUCAUCGCGUAGUAGGCAAGUCCAGAUGCACGACGGACGGUGUUGUCGCUCUCCACACUAAGUACUGCUGUAACUGACUGUGUGAGGGUGAGGGCGAGGGUGUGUGUGUGUUUUCGUGCUAUUUAUUUAUUCUGGGACAGUCUCCCCAUUUUUCGUGGUGAGACGUG